AUGAUGCAUUUGCCCGACAGACGUGGAUUUAUAUUGACGUCUGUGGUCCUCAUGGUGUUGGGUUGUUUGCCGAAAGCGGCGUCCGCCGAGCUCUCCUACUCCGUCUCAGAGGAGGUGAGCCCGGGGACCUCUGUCGGAAACAUCGCAAAGGAUCUAAACCUCAACGUCCAGGACUUGGAGUCCCGCGUGUUCCGGAUUGUAACCGGGUCAAAGAAAAAAUAUUUCGAGGUAAACCUGAAGACCGGCGCUCUGUACGUUAUCGAGAGGGUCGACAGAGAGGAGCUCUGCGCAAAGGCAGCCAAGUGUACGAUAAAUGUCGAGGCUGUGAUCAACCAGCCACUGAAGCUCUACCGCGUCGGGAUUCAUAUUCUCGAUGUGAACGAUAAUGAUCCAUCCUUCAGCGCAAAAUCACAAAAUAUCGAUAUCGCAGAAAGCAUCCUGCCCGGAGCUAAGUUCCCUGUUCUGUCCGCCUACGACGCUGACGUGGGGAGAAACGAUAUCAGCACGUACAAGUUGAAUGCAAAUGAGUAUUUUUCUUUGGCGGUGCACAGAGGAGAGAGGGUGUCUGCAGAGUUGGUGCUGCAGAAAGCUUUAGACCGAGAAACACAGCCUGUCGUUAAACUCACGCUGACCGCUGUAGACGGAGGAACACCUGCAAAAUCAGGGACGUCGGAGAUAAUCGUCAAUGUUUUGGACAACAAUGACAACAUCCCGGUAUUUACAAAAUCAUUAUACAAAACCAGUAUUGCAGAAAAUGUACCAGCUGGAACUACAAUACUAACUCUAACUGCAGCGGAUGCCGAUGAGGGAAUAAACAAAGAGAUUUCAUAUUCUCUGAGCACAAAAGAUCAGGAUGACGUCCUGAAAAUAUUUGAUAUUGAUUCGGAAACAGGUGCAUUAAUUGUUAAGGGGAAUAUUGACUUCGAGGAAAAUCCCGUAUUUGAGAUACGUGUGCAGGCCAGAGACAAAGGUCAGCCUUCUUUGGCAGCACAGUGUAAAGUUUUGGUAGAGGUGGUAGACCUCAAUGACAAUACUCCUGAAAUUAGUGUGACUUCACUAUUGACCACAGUAAGGGAAGACACACAGGUUGGCAUCGCCAUUGCUCUUGUGUCGGUUCUGGAUGAAGACGGUGGCAAGAAUGGUGACGUAAAAUGCCACGUCACCGAUAUAGUCCCUUUUAAACUGGAGGCAAAUUAUAAAAACUAUUAUUCUUUAGUGGUCGAUGGUCCCCUUGACCGAGAGAGAUCCCCUCAAUACAAUGUCACUAUAUCCGCGACUGAUGAAGGCAGUCCGCCUCGAGCCAACACGACCGUUAUAACGGUUUACAUUGCUGAUGUCAAUGAUAAUGCACCGCGUUUCUCCGAGGCUGUGAUUAACGUUUAUGUGAAGGAAAACAGUCCAGUAGGAGCAACUAUUAAAACGGUGUCUGCAGUUGAUGCUGACUUUGGUGAAAAUAGCCAGCUGAUAUAUUCUCUUUUAGACAGUACCAGUAACUCGGUACCGCUUCAGACGAUGAUAAACAUCAACUCAGAGACAGGAGAUAUAGUCAGCCUGCAGUCUUUUAACUAUGAGGAGAUGAAAACGUUCCAGUUUAAAGUUCAGGCCACAGACUCUGGUGCUCCUCCACUCAGCAGUAAUGUGACUGUGAACGUGUUUAUCCUGGAUGAGAAUGACAACAGUCCCGGGAUUCUCGCUCCCUAUUCUGAACACGGCUCCGUUAACAGUGAGAACGUCCCCUAUUCUGCUGAAGCGGGUUACUUUGUGGCCAAGAUCAGGGCUGUAGACGCAGACUCUGGAUAUAACGCUCUGCUUUCUUAUCACAUCUCGGAGCCCAAGGGGAACAGCCUGUUCCGAAUCGGAACCAGCACCGGGGAAAUCCGGACUAAGAGGAGAAUGAGUGACAAUGACCUGAAAACGCACCCGUUGGUGGUGUUGGUUUCUGAUAACGGAGAGCCCUCCCUGUCAGCUACUGUGUCUAUUGAUGUGGUGGUGGUUGAAAGCACAGGUGACAUGCAGACUCCGUUCAGACACGUACCCAUAAAGGAGGAGAGCUUCUCUGAUCUAAACUUGUAUUUGCUGAUCUCCAUCGUGUCAGUGUCAGUGGUGUUUCUACUGAGCCUCAUCAGUUUAAUAGCGGUGAAAUGCCACAGGACAGACGGCAGUUUUAGCAGGUACAGCGCCCCAAUGAUCACCAGCCACCCUGACGGGAGCUGGUCUUACUCUAAAGCUACUCAGCAGUAUGACGUGUGUUUCAGCUCAGACACGCUGAAGAGUGACGUAGUAGUUUUCCCUGCGCCGUUUCCGCCUGCUGAUGCGGAGCUGAUCAGUAUUAAUGGAGGAGACACUUUUAACAGGACUCAGACUUUACCCACCAAAGACAAGUUUGGUUUGAGAAAUGAGCGCAUCUCAUAG